AGCAUACUAACUUUUUGGCCAAUUAAAGUAAUGACGUACAGUACAAAGACUUGAUAAAAUAUACAAGUCAAAAUUUUCAACCAUCCCUCAGCCUAUUUUAAGGCCCUCUCUCACUAAUACACGUCUUAGUUCUUACCCUUUCCCCCUCAAAUGAACAACUCCGCCAUCAUAACUAGCACUGCCGCCGGAGCUGCCGUCAAAUGCCGUAAAAAGCUCCACCAAUAUAAUCAGUAUCAGUCCUUGAUCCCUGGACUUCCUGAUGAUAUAGCUCAAAUUUGUCUAUCUCUUGUUCAAGAACCUUUGACUCUUUACUCCGUUUGUCAAUCGUGGCGCCGGCUUGUUUAUUCUCCUCCUUUCCCCCCCUUUUUAUCCAUCUAUUCCUUAUUGAAGCCUUUACAAUACAACAACAUAUCCAGCGUAAUCUCACACGUGAGAUCUGGCGAACGUAGAAUGUACGCAGACCUCACUCUUAUCUUGAAAGAUGGUGAGACUUCUGAAAGACCCUCGGCUCAAGUAAAAAAUUCUGUUGAGUUUGCGAAUUUCGAUCCGAUUUCAGCAAAAUGGCAGUUACUUCCUCCUCCACCACUUGACCCACCUCUACGUCUCCUUCUCCGCCACCCUUCCUUCAUCUCCCGCCACCUUCCUAUUCAAUCGGUUAGCGUUUCUGGCAAUUUAAUAAUCCUCACCGCGACAACUGAUCAUAUGCUCCGGGCCUUAUCCCGUCCCCUUGUGUUCAACCCGCUCACCCACAAGUGGACUUAUGGCCCCCCACUCGCUAUCCCGAGACGCUGGUGCGCUGCAGGCGCGUCGCAGGGCGUGGUGUAUGUCGCGAGUGGGAUUGGGUCCCACUAUAAUCUCGAGGUAGCUCGAACAGUUGAAAAGUGGGACCUCAAAAGUUAUAAUAAUUGUAACCAACAACAACAUCAGUGUAAUUCUAGAAGCGACAUCAAAAGUAACCGUAACCAACAACAACAACGUAAUAAUCCCACAUGUGGGGUUAAAAACAAGGGAUGGAAAUGGGAAAAACUGAGUGGUCUCAAAGACGGGAAAUUCAGUAGGGAAGCGAUUGAAGCAAUAGGUUGGAGAGAGAAGCUAUGUAUGGUAAACGUAAAAGGCGAUGCAGCAAAGGAAGGAAUAAUCUACGACAUCGAAAGCGACACGUGGCAGGAGAUGCCUGAGGGAAUGUUAGUAGGUUGGAGAGGUCCAACGGCUGCAAUGGAGGAGGAAAUAAUUUACACGGUGGAUGAAUCGAAAGGAGCAUUGAGGAAAUAUGAUCAAGAAAAUGAUAGUUGGAUUGAGAUUCUUGAGAAUGAGAUGCUUAAAGGUGCACAACAUAUGGCUGCUGCUGGUGGUAAAGUGUGCGUGGUUAAUGGCGGCGGUGAUGGGAUAGUAGUGGUGAAUGUGUUGGCAGAGCCUCCGAGUUUGGUGGUGGUGGAAACUCCGGUAGGGUUUCAGGUUUUGGAUGUACAUAUUUUGCCAAGGAUGAGCCAAUUGGAUGAAUGUUGACUAGUUUUUUUUUUUUUCUUUCAAUUUUUUUCAGGUAAGUUUUGGUUACUUGUCAAUUUGUUGUUAGUUCUUUUAUGUCUUUUUACAUGAAUAUCUUUCUUAAUGGGGAAAAAUAUAUGUAUACAAUUUGACAUAAAUUCUCGCCAUAGAAAAAUGUGAACAUUCUUUUAGAUUGGUAUAUAGAUAUUGAGAAAAUAAAUCUGGUGGCACUGCUGAUGUGUGAAUUUCAUAUUUACAUAAUGACCAUAUGAUAUUCUCCUCAAGAUCAUUGCGCCUAGCUCGUGAUUCUUCAUGAGAUUGUACAUUACAAGCGUGAGAAUCCCGAGGCGGAUUUAGAAUUUAAAUUUUAGUGGUUUAACAUCUUAAAUUUUUAGCAUUAAAUCAUUGUAUUUCUAAAGUUAUGGAUUCAUAUAUAAUAUUUAUUGUAAUUUUAGUAAAAAUUUUAUACAUAAAUUUAUGUUCCCCAUCGAAAGUUUGGAGUUCAAUUGAACCCCAAGUUAUAAUGCUCCAUCCGCCUCCGGGUGAAUUUCCAAUGCUCUUUCCUUCUAUGUUGACAAAUGACAAUAGUACUUAUGUUUGUUCAAUAUCUCUCAAUUCAGUGUUUGAUGAUUAAGAUAUGUAGUCAAUUAGAUCAGAGUACAUUUUUAUACAAAUUUCUAACAAGAGUAUAUCAAAAUAAAUCUUAACCUCAACGAAUUAUUAUCUCA